AUGGCCUUUCCAGGUACCACAGGGACCGCGAUUCCCAUGACCUCCCUGGGAGGUAACCCCGGCACUCAGGGAAUGAAUGACCAAGAACAAGCCAUGGUCAAGAUGAUGCAACGUGGUAUGGAGUCCUGCCCUAUCAAGACAGUCAUCUCAGGUACCAUGGGUUUCGGUCUUGGUGGUGCUUUCGGUCUCUUUAUGGCUAGUAUGUCCUACGACUCAACCUUCACACCCCAGGGUCGCGCCAUCGCCGACCUCCCCUGGCGCGAACAAGUCCGCCGCGGUUUCAAGGACAUGGGCGCCCGUUCCUGGUCCUCUGCUAAGAACUUCGGUAUUGUCGGUGCGCUCUACUCCGGCACCGAGUGCUGUAUCGAAGGCCUCCGCGCAAAGAACGAUCUUACCAACAGCGUUGCCGCUGGCUGUGUCACCGGUGGUAUUCUCGGCGCAAAGGCGGGUCCCCAGGCUGCUGCCUUCGGUUGCGCUGGUUUCGCGGCGUUCAGUGCGGCCAUUGAUGCCUACAUGAGAAUGCCCGGUGAAGAGUAA